AUGGGCAGUACAAAUCAAUUUGGCUACCUUAAAAGUUUCAUAGGAGGUAAUGUGGUUGCCCUUGGUGCUGGAACGCCUUAUCUUUAUUCAUUUUAUGCUCCUCAGCUACUAAGCAAGUGUCGUAUCCCUGUAUCUGCUUCAGGUAAACUAUCUUUCUCUUUGACAAUAGGAAGUUCACUGAUGGGGAUUUUGGCGGGUAUUGUUGUCGAUCGAAGCCCUAAAUUGUCCUGUCUUAUUGGGUCUAUAUGCGUUUUCAUUGCAUAUUUAAUUUUGAACUUGUGCUAUAAGCGCGAAUGGUCUAGUACUUUCCCCAUAUCAUUGAGCUUAAUACUAAUUGGAUAUGGUUCUGUUUCAGGAUUCUACGCCUCUGUAAAAUGUGCAAAUACAAAUUUUCCAGAACAUAGGGGCACUGCCGGGGCAUUUCCUGUGUCACUGUAUGGCUUAUCAGGCAUGGUGUUUUCGUAUCUUUGUUCGAAACUUUUUGGUGAAGACAUUGAACAUGUGUUCAUUUUUUUAAUGGCUACGUGCGGUAGCAUGAUUUUAGUUGGCUAUUUCUCACUGGAUAUACUUACUGGUAGAGAAGAGGAUGACGCUAGCAUCAAGGAAUGGGAGCUUCAAAAAAGUAGAGAAACAGAUGCCAAUAUCGUCCCGCUGCAUGAUAAUAGCAACGACUAUAUAGGUUCGCCGGUGCAUUCAUCGUCACCUGAAAAUUAUUCCUUGUCAGACAAUUUUCAAGAAACCUCAGAUUUUUUUGGGCUUGAAGACAGACAAUUGUCAAAUCGACCAUUGUUGUCGCCUUCCUCCCCACGUAUAAAGUAUGAUGUCGAAGAUGAGGGCGUCAUAAAAAGUGCAGCAGAUGAGAAUAAUCGCGCACAGAAGAAUAUGAGAUCACAUAUACUCCACAGUUUAAAAUCUUCGACCUUUAUUGGUUAUUACGUAAUAUUGAGUUUACUACAGGGCAUUGGUUUGAUGUACAUAUAUUCAGUGGGAUUUAUGAUACAAGCCCAAGUGUCUUCUCCACCUUUAGAUGAGCUACCAAAUAACGCAGAAAGGAUUCAAUCCUUACAGGUGACACUUCUAUCCCUUCUUUCAUUUUGUGGUAGAUUAUCAUCUGGGCCAAUAUCUGAUUUUUUGGUAAAGAAAUUCAAAGCCCAAAGGUUAUGGAAUAUCGCGAUAGCGUCUCUACUAGUAUUUGUGGCAUCGAAUAAAAUGUCUAAUGAUUUCAGCAAUAUCGAGGAUCACUCUUUAAGGGCUUCUAAGUUAUUUAAGAACAUUUCUAUAUGUUCGGCCAUCUUUGGUUAUUCUUUUGGCGUUUUAUUUGGAACUUUCCCGUCAAUAGUAGCGGAUAGAUUUGGCACCCAUGGGUAUAGUACGCUGUGGGGAAUUUUGACAACCGGUGGCCUAUUUUCGGUAAGUGUUUUUACAAGCAUACUAGGUGGGGAUUUCAAGGCAAACACAGUUGGCGAUGACGAAAACUGUAAAAGGGGAGUACUUUGUUACAGCCAUACCUUUAUGAUUACUGAAUAUUGCGCUGUUUUUACUCUAUUGUUCGUUUUGGCUAUAAUUGGAUAUACAAGUUAUCGAAGGAGAAUAAUUGUGAAUUCACGCUAA